CUAUAACUAAAUGCCUUGGGCUUGUGCUCAGUGCCAUCAGAUGAAUGUAGGGUGCAGAGGACCAACAUCUGCAGAGGAUCAAUUUCUGCUUCAGCAAAGAUUACUACAGCGUCCAAAUGUUCAGCAAGCUCAAGAGUUCAGCAAAUCAAAAUGCCAAGUUUUACGAAGGCCCUGCAAACAUCGAAGAGGUGCAGUCUGGCUACAUGUAUAAAUCACCCCCUCAGUCCCUUUUCAGAUCCUUGAAAUCAUGGAAGCGGCGGUACUUUGUGCUCAGCAAGACCCCUGCAAAUCAUUACGAGCUGAAGUUCUUCAAGGACGAAAAUAGAAGAGGGAAACAUCUAGGACAAAUCAACCUUUAUCAGGUCUCCCUGUUUUUCCGGCAAGCAGAGUCACACCCUAUUUGGUUGUGGAUACAAAAGAACUUUAGAUGCUCUAUAUCCUGUGUUCUGUACAUGAGGUUGCCAGAGAGAGAAUAUUUCCUCAUUGGAGAAAACAGUUGUGAGAUUGAAGCCUGGUUUAAUGCCAUAUUUAAGGCUCUGAACACACAUCUCGCCCCACUGCCUGACUCAGAGGAAAUCAGAAAAAAUAGGUCACUCUCUGAGCCAAGUGUGUUUUAUCAUGAUCGAAAAUGGUUUGACGACCAAGAACAGAAAGAAACUGAUCCAAAUCCAUCAUCCCUUUCAACAAGACAGUCUGCUCCUGAGUCCUUCAACUGUCAGUACGCUCAUUAUGAUUAUCCAAAGAAUUACAAGAUGACAGCACCGCAAUAUCUGGAAAGUGAAGACACUGAGGAAGAUGAGCAAGAUGAAAUGAAGAUAAACAAAGAAAGUGAACCAGAAGAAGACACCAGCUACUACAUGGACAUGGACAGAGUGAGAGAGGUGAUGAGGCAGCCUCAGAAAGAAGAUGUCUUGUAUCCUCAAACAAAUCUGGAAGGAAAUAAUUUUUCGGAGAAUUCAUUCCUCCUGACUGGCGAUGAAGAUAGUGGCUCCACUGCUCUGAACAGGCAAAUUUUACCAGGGAGUGAAACGUCCGUUCCUGUGGAGAAGGAAAUUUGUGUCAGUCAAGACGAGCUGAAAAACAGUGUGAUCAUCUCAGAGGAAGCAGGCAGGCUAUGUGUGUCCAACUGGAGGCAGUCCUCUGGUCUGUUCCAUGAGGGUGACCAAAUCCUGGCCAUUAAUGACCUGCUUACAGACAGCCUUGCGGAGUUUCACACUUAUAUAAAGAGGCUUAGUAAAGACCAGGUAAAACUGACUGUCCUAAGACAGCCAGGUUCCCAAUCCUUAAGUGGAUGAUGCACAUAAAGUGACCUCUGCUCUGAUUCUGUGCACCUCCCAGCACUGUUCAUUUGAAAUACAGGCACCUGUUGGACAUGUGGAAGAUCAGCCAUCCUGACUCUCUGCAUUCGAGCAAGCAGAAGUGCAAUAUCAGUGCAAAAAAGGGAAAGUUGUUGUACAGUGCUGCUCAAGAGAAUGUUCAAAAUGAUCAUAAUAGUUUGUUGAUUUCUCUUCUGUAAUACACCUACUAAAUCUCGUCUGGGAAAACUGUUGAGUUGAAAUCUUCGCUCUGAUGAAGAAAUUACCAGACUCCACCUGUCCAGAAGUGCAAUUAUACUGCACUCGUCUGGCUUUGGGAGAACUACAUUAUGAAGCCCUCUAGUGUGUCAAAUGUUCAGAUGAGAGAGAUUUCAGAUUGCACUGCAAGAUAAGGCACUUAAAUUUUCUGAAUGCUGUGCUAUUUUUCCUCCUGUACUGAUCAUUUUUCCAACUUACAAAAUACACAUGGCAUAUUACUUUCAUAGAUAUACUGGAGAUCCAUAGGAUAUAUUUUGAUAUAAACAAAUUAUACCUGCAUUAAAACAAAUUAAAACCAUAUAGCACAAAUAUAACUGCUGCUUUUCAUAUAUAAGUCUAUAAAAAUGAUGUUGGACUAAUUACAAUGAACCUUGGCUUAAACAAUCUCCAUGUACAAAGUAAUUUUGGGGUCUCAGUGGAACUCAGGCUGAUUUCCAAAUAUGAAAUAAUGGUCUUUACACCCAUACAUCUUUCUGUACCGCAUAGACAAUUUAAUGGACUUCUUGCACUGCAGAACAUGUGCUAUUUGAGCACCUCAACACUAUCUUUAUGUUGAUUGGCUUUCCUAUGAUC